UGGUAAAUACACGAGCGUAAUUUGACACAAUAAUGAACGGCUCUUAUGUAAUCUGUGACGUCAGUCCGAUAAUGGUUUUUAGUAUAACCAAAUGGUAUAUUUUCAACAUUAGAAAAGGCGGCAAUACAACUCAAUUUAUUGAUUUAAAACCCGUUUCCUUUCAUUGCUAUCGUAAAUGUUUGACCGUCAUUUGAGUAAAUAAGGGGAUACGACUUGUAAAAGCAAUUUUCGUUUGAAGAAUAUUUGUUUUGUAUUACAUCCCAAGUAUAAGAGAAGAAAUAGUCGGGGAUUAGAUAUUUGACCAGCAGUAAACUGAGCGACUAGUCUCUUUCAGUGAUAAACACAACCGUGAAUGCAGAAUACAUGAAACGAUGGCUGUUAUGUGUGGCAGAGUUUAGUAAUAAAUUGAAUAAAUAGAACGGGGUUAUUACAGUAGAAGAAAGUCUGUCAACAAGUCAAGCACCAGAGGUCAAAGCUAGAAAAUAAAAUCGAGGAAGAAGACUAAUUGAAAAAGAAAACGCAAAAGUUAGUUUUCGAUAUAUCAGGCAAUAUAUGACACAGCAAAGAAAAAUAAAACACAUACAAAAUUACCCCUUAACAACUUCGGUAAGAGCUAAAGUCGCCUGAUCACACCAUACUAGCGUAUCUAUGACAACUCAAACACAGCUGCCCGUUACCAAGGAGACAAGACGGCGGACUGGUUGUUUAUAUCAGCAAACAAAUUCAUUACGAGAAAAACUAAGACUGAUCGCCCAUCUCUAGGUUCCUUAUCGCAGUUUCGGUUUAAGUUGUCAUUUCCGAAAACGAUUUAACAAACUUCAAGCAAUAAAAGAAUGGAGCAAAGCUAGAAACUGAUUAGGACUGUUGAAUAAAUAAAAAAGGAAGAAUUUCUCUCGGAUCGCUCCUAAACUUACCGCCAUUCGAUAGCGAAGGUGUCGAAAACUGAUGAAUUAUUGUUGUUGCCCUUUUUUCCUAUUUAAGCUCUUUAAUGGUAAAAUAGAAAGAAAAAAAGUUUAUCUCAAAAGCUUUAUGGAGAAAUGGAGUUUUACUCAAAAGCUUUUCGAAAUCAUGAGAAUUUUACGAGAUUUUUUGUAUUCUGAACGUUACAAGUACCGCAGGCAAUAUUCCCAUUUUGAUGCUCGAAUUGUGUUUAUUUACUUUAACUAGGUUUCUACGGCGCGAUUUCCAUAUUCGUAUUCGAACGAAAGGUGAAGAAUUUCAUUUGAAUUUGCCAGAAGAAUGAGCCAAUCAGAGACACGUAUGUUUCUAUUGAAAUAUAAAUAAAAAGCAACACGCUCGCUGAUUGGUCCACAGGCUGACAGCACUUGAAUGCCAUCUAUUCAGAGUUUACCAAAAUGACUAAAGGGUGGAAUGGAAAAGGCGCGUUUUUAUUGCGAAUCUAAUUGCCAAUCGGCUUGUGGGUCCUGAAUAUUCAUGGGACCGCAGGUGGACUUUUCUUGCUGCCUAGUAAUGGUCAACUGAAAUGCUGAUUCGAGUCACAGUAAGUCUCAAGCGGACAACAUACACUCGGCUGAACAGCAUUAUUCAAUUUCUCCGUUAUUAACCAUCCUCAGAUCCUGUUAAGAGGUUUGGUGUGUUUUGAGACGGCGUGGAAGCAGAUUUUUCGUUUCUUCUUUUCUUUUUUUCAGUUUUGUGUAAAUACAGCGAGGUAGUCGAGACUUUAGCAGCGGAAAAGUCCUAAAUACGGACGAGCAUGUGGCAGCGGACAAGUGAGCGAUAGGAUUUAAACCUCAAUCCACGUCGCCUGAAUCGCUAUAUAGUCAGACCAAGCACAGGCUAUAGCACCGAAAACUGAGGAUUUGCCAAUGGAAUAUGUGGAAGUGGAAGCGCAACAGUAAAAAAUGAGUGAUUCAGACGAGGGACAGCGCACUACUGGGAGAGACAUAAUUAUUAUCAACUGUGGCGGAGUACGGCAUGAAACGUUUCGAAGCACACUCCGUAACUUUCCUGAUACGAGACUUACGUGGUCCGUUGAAUCUACUCGCAAUAAUCCAGAUUAUGAUCCGGAGAAAAACGAGUUUUUCUUCGAUAGACACCCCGGAGUAUUCGCACAAAUUAUGAAUUUCUAUCGCACUGGAAAACUUCAUGCACCUCACGAUGUAUGCGGGCCUCUUUUCCAAGAAGAGCUUAUGUUUUGGGGAAUCGAUGAGAAACAAAUGGAGCCGUGCUGCUGGACAUACUACACACAGCACAGGGAGGCACAAGAAAACCUCAAGUUUUUUGAGGGUGUAGAUCUGUCGGACGACGAGGGAUCCGAUGACGACCUUCAUAAUUACGGUGAAUGGCAACAUAACGUAGAGCAAGCGUCUCUAUGGCAAAGAUACAAGCCUAAGAUUUGGUCAAUGUUUGAAAAUCAUCGCUCCUCGCGGAUGGCGAAGAUAAUGUUUGGCAUAUCCCUGGGGUUCAUCAUCGUAUCUGUUGUUGCGUACUGCGUACAGACGAUUCCAGAGAUCAAAGAUCACCAUCCACAAGUUAACGUCUCCCUAACGAUACUGGAGCUGAUCUGCGGUAUCUGGUUCACACUAGAGUUCGGUAUCCGAGCUGUAGCAAGCCCAAGUAAACGAGAGUUUGCAUUAUCAUUUGAGAACUGGUUGGACUUCAUAGCUAUCCUUCCCUUGUUCGUGCGUUUGGCUCAAGGCUGGGAAGAUUACCCAGCGGAUAGGCCGUCUGACUCGUACCACUACCUGGCCAGUCUAAGGCUAUUUAGACUUGUGCGCUUCUUUAAAGUCAAUCUCGGUUUUCAAAUUCUAAAGCAAACCAUAAUUGCUAGCAGCCGUGAGUUACUUUUGCUGCUAUUACUGCUGUUGAUCCCGGUGGUGAUCGGUGCGAGCUUUGCCUAUAUCUCGGAGAGAAAAGCUCAAACAGCGUUCAGGUCAGUCCCUGAGUGUUUCUGGUGGGCGCUGAUUACCAUAACGACGGUAGGGUACGGAGACAUGGCACCCAAGACAACUCAAGGGAAGCUCUUUGGGUCCAUAGUUGCGGGUCUGUCCAUCCUCAUUACUGCCCUCCCUAUCUCAAUCAUUGGAAGCAAUUUCUCGCUUUACUACGCGCAUGCACAGGCUAAGAUGAAGCUACCGAAGAAAGCGCGGGGAAAGCUGUUUGGCGCGGCGAAUGUGUUGAUGUCGCAGUCAGCGCGGCCUAGCGAUGAUAUGAGUACAGAUAAUGCUGCAGAGAAGGAUGAACAUGUUGCACCGACUAUGAACGGCGGGAUGAACGAGGAGUCGAUCAGGAUGAACAACUUCAGAAGGGCUCGGCGAGCACGGUCUUCACUGUACGCAGGAGGAGUGGUACCUAGGAUGUCACUUCCAGCACGCACGCGCAGUAACGAGGACCUUCACGCGGGUAAAUCGUCUCCCCCAGACGACCGUAAGAAAAGUUUCACCAGCACUCAGACUACGACUAUUGAUACUCCCCCAAAAACCCCUCCGCACUUCGGCAACAGCCUUACGGUGGAGAACCCGGAUGUAACCGAGAACAUUCUAGAUCUGUCGUGCUCCGAGUUCGGGAGCACAGGAAAGAUAGUACACAACGAGUCAGACGAGUUUGACUUAGACGACAUUGACAGGGCAAUGACUGCAGUGGAAGAGACGGAAAAGCGGGACCGCGCAAAUGGUGGACGGCCCGGAACGCCGGUCAAAAGAACGGUCAAGCAUUCAGUGCGGUUUGUAAAACCGACGUUAACGGUGACAUUAGACACGGAUCUUGGGAACGUCAACGAUUCAUUUGUUGAGGAAGAUCCGGAAGCAGAACAGGCGGAAGGUGGAUCUGGAGCGAGGGCGAGGCCACAAGAGGGAAAAAGAGCAUCAUCUCCAACUAAAGGUAACAAGGUUGAGCCGACAGGUCCAGGGAGAGGACGUAGGUAGCCACACGAUCAGAAAGGUAGGCCCUGAAGGGCCGACGGUAAGCGAAAGGCGUUCAGUCAGAGGGACGCAAAGGGGUUGCUUGGCUAGACCAAGCAUCCUUCUGAAUGUCAAGAAUCGGGGCAUACUUUAAAUAAAUGCUUGCCCGCUUUGGAUAGUAUCCAAAUUACAUUCGAAAAAGGGAGACCAUUCAGAUUGACAUCUCACAACAAAUCCUGGACAAGAAAGGCAUAUCCCCAGGAGGGAGAAGAGACUGAAGGGGUAAGCCGUUACUUAUUGCGAAGAUAUCAAAGAACCAAUCAAACAUCUAUAUAUGUUAGUAAGGACGCUGUACUAGGUAAAAAUUGUGAUCGCCUGCAGGAGAAACAGUUCCUUGCCAGAAAAAGGAUACUCGUGCGAAAUCUAAUUAUUACAUGCUUCAUUUUAACGGUAACAUUUCAAGGGGCUAUAUAAGAGGGGAGACGGAAGCUAAAGCACGAGAACCCCUGGUCAUUGCCCGUUAAAAGAAUAAGAGCAUUAAAACUUAGCGUGACCAAUAGGAACUGAAAGUACGUCGCGCGCUACCGUGACCACCAAGACAAAGUUUUACAAUGCGACUCGUGCCCCCCUGACAGAUUUGUGUGAUAAUGAGGGAGUCAUAUAGAAAAUUUUAGCCUUGGGUUUGAUCUAGUUUUCUUAGCAUUCGCCAAAAUGUGACAGUUCGCCGGUAAAACGCCGCCAUUUCAAAACAAUAAGGCUGGUUUAACCGCGCGGCACUGGAACUAGUCUUGCGUUUUUCAGCACUGUCCACAAAGACAAAGUUAUACAAUACGACGCUCGCUACCGUGGCCACCAAAACAAAGUUAUACAAUACGACGCGCGCUACCGUGACCACCAAAGACAAAGUUAUAAAAAUGUGACGCACGCUAUUCUUGGUUUGCAAACACGUGACCUUGUCGUAUGCAAAUUAGCUAAUUUGACCGGGUUUCCUGUGGAUGGAGGUUUAACAAAAAUUCAAUAUGGCGGUCGUACCACCACCAACCGUAGCGAUGUGAAUCUUACCAGGAGAAAAGGGGUCCAAGUGAUGUGAGAGCUA